AUAAUGAAGUAACUGAAACACAAGUGGCGGCGAAUGGAUCUUCUAGUCCAAGUGGGGAUUUUGUGAUAGCAAGUUCUUAUCUUAAACGGACUAAUUCACUUGCAUCACUCGCAAAUGGCAUGGAUAAUCUCGAAUUCAAUGAAUUGGGUGAAAACGUUGAUAAAUCACCACAAGCCACCAAUAAAUCUUCACGAGAUGCAUUGGUUGAACUUGAGCAAAACGUCCUUCAAGAAAGUGGGCAAAAGAGUCAAAAAAAACAAAAUAAAGAGUUUGCCGAAAAAUUUUUAACAGGCAAUACAUUCAACAAUUGUACAUUUCAUUUUUAG